CAUCUAUGGCUGAAUAAAUAAAAUAAACAACAAGCUGAAAUUAACCUGCUAAUUAACCUGCAAAUUAGCUUCAGAUAAACAAUGCCAUGGACCAAAAAUUUAAUGUAUCAACAUCAGAAUAUUUUAAAUGGAUACAAGCUAUUUAAUGUAUAAAAAAUAUUUCCACACAUUUAUUCUUAGAAUGUUAUCUACAUUCAUGGCACUCAUUCUCAUUUUUUGAAACACAUUUUGAAUUGAUCCUAAAUUUCUGUAAUUGUGCAUAUUGAGCUGUUUCUGAGUAUCUAUAGUGUUAAUGUUGUCAAUAGAUUUUUUUAAAUGCUAUUAUAUUUCUAAAUAGAGGACUACUUAUAGUCAAUAUGUUUAGCCUAAUAUGACUCUUUGUGUUUAAAUGUGCAUUAGUCCCAUCAAUAUGGCACGUAAAAUAAGCACCAUUGAAGAGAUCAAUGACACCAAAGAGACAUGGAAGAUUGCAGUGAGGGUUAUAUCACUUUGUUCUGUCCAGACUCCUUCGAAGUUCAUUGAAAUGGGAUAUAAGAUACAGGCGGUUGCAAGAAAUGCAGAGGUGCUAACCUGGAAGUCAAAGCUCAAAGAAAAUGAAACUUAUGUGAUGCAAAACUUCAAAGUACUGUGCAAUGAAGGACAGUUCAAGGCAUGUGAUCAUCCAUUCAAGCUCCAAUUUACAAGUUGUACAACACUAAAACAUCAAGAACUGCCUGAUAUACCCAAAGAUUACUAUAGCUUUAAAAAAUUCAGUGAGAUAUUAAGUGGUAAUCUCCGUACUAAUGUUUUAGUUGAUGUAAUUGCAGCUUUCCAUGAUAUUGUGCGUUCUGACAUUAGUACUCCUUUGAAAAAGGUAGCAUUUUGGAUGAAAGAUCUCAGUGGUGAAAUGAUCAUGUGUACUUUAUGGCAAGACUAUGCUUCAAAGUUCUUGGAGUUUCAUGAGAAUCAUAAAUCUGAGCUAAUUGUUAUCAUAUUAACACAAGCAAAAAUUAAAGAACCUGAAGGAAUAAAUCCCAUGUUCAUUCAAAACAGUAAGUUCGGAUCUAAAUUGCUCAUUAAUGAGGACAUUGUGGAUAUUCAGAAAUUCAAAGACACGUUCAUUGUGCUUAUUGGUGUUAUCACACUUAUGAUUAUGUAGUACACGUACUUCAUUUUUUUCUAUUUUCAUUGUUAAAUAUUUAAUCCAUGUUUGGAAUAAUGGCAGCUAUUGCUUAGUUCAAGCAAAAGAAAGACCCAGUCAGAGUCAAAGUCAACUUUCAAAUUCA